CUUUACUCCUCACUACUUCAUCGACAUGGACGUUUCAGAUAUCCUCGCGGCUCACCAGGCUAAACAAAAGUCCGUUGUAGUCGAGAAGGAGAUCCCACUCGAGGUGGACACGGGUUUCCUCACGGUGACCGACCUCAACCCCGUGGAUCAAGAGAGCUACGAAGCGGACAUGGAGGAGUACCUGAUGUCGACCGCACGGGAUGGCGUCCAAACCCUCAUCGCCUCCCUCUUCUCCCUGCCCACAACAUCAUCCGCGGAUGGACCCCUCGCACAACUGCCCACACCCACCACGCUUCUCCCCCGUGCAAAGCCGCUGCCGAAGCCAAAACCGCCGACCAAGUGGGAGCAGUUUGCGAAGGCAAAGGGUAUCCAGAAGACGCGGAAGGAGAAGAAGAUCUGGGACGAAGAGAAGCAGGAGUGGGUUGACCGCUGGGGCUGGAAGGGUGUCAACAAGAAGGAGGAGACGCAAUGGCUCACCGAGGUCCGCGCUAAUGCUGAUGUGGACCACGACCCCUCCAAGGCCGCGCGCGAUGCUCGCAAGGAGCGUGUUGCCAAAAAUGAGCGACAGCACCAACAAAACGUGGCUCGGGCGACACAGUCGACCGGACCUAGCACUGGACCUAGCACUGCUCCGGUGCCCAACUCCAUACGCAAAAAGGAGAUCGACAGGACUCUUGCUGUUACGCGGGCAAGCACGGCCAGCAUGGGCAAGUUUGACCGGAAGCUGGAGGGCGAGAAGAAGUUGAAGGGUCUGAAGCGGAAGUUCGAGCCCACGGAGAUGGCUGCGGCCAAUGAGAAGUCGAACAACAUGGCUAUCUUGGCUAAGCUCGACAAGGAGCCUACCGUGAAGAAGUCGAGAAAGUCGGAGUCAAGUGGCUCUGACGUCCUCAACGUCAGGAAGGCAAUCCGGUCCGCGAGCAAGGGCAAGGGCAGUGCUGCGCUCGCUAGGGAUAGUAGUGGUAAGGGGAAGAAGGGGAAGCGGUGAUCUAUAUUGCACAGUCCAUACUCCUCGCCUGUAUUCUUGCUUGUAUUUCGCAUCUGCAACGAUUAUGACGAC